CCGCGAAGAGAUCUCCUUCCGCCCUGCCAAGCUCCCGGAGCGGCUGAGUGGUACUGCGACUGGGGGAGGAAGAGCAGGGCCCGUACCGAAAUGGAACAGGAACCAAGACUACUCUCCACAACUUCCUGUCCCUGACCGCAACCUGAAGAUCCACUCUCCCCUGGAGCUGAAAUAACUUUACCCUCCAUAUGACUGAACCGGGGCCCCUGUGGGAGGAAUGAGCUUGGUGUGGGCUACACAGCAGCCUAGCCGUUAAGGCCCUGCCCACCCCACUUCAACGUGGAGGCCCACCAGGAUGAGCAAGCUGCCUGGGGAGCUGGCCUGCGACUUGGAGCGCAGCCUGCCAGCUGUGGCCUCCCUUGGCACAUCGCUGUCCUGCAGCCAGAGCCUGUCCUCGCACUUCCUCCCGCCAGCCCCAGAGAAGCGCAGAGCCAUCUCUGAUGUUCGGCGGACCUUCUGCCUCUUUGUCACCUUCGACCUGCUUUUCAUCUCUCUCCUCUGGAUCAUCGAACUGAACACCAACACAGGCAUCCGCAAGAACCUGGAGCAGGAGAUCCUUCACUACAGCUUUAAGACCUCCUUCUUUGACAUCUUUGUACUGGCCUUCUUCCGGUUCUCUGGACUGCUCCUGGGCUACGCCGUGCUGCGGCUCCGGCACUGGUGGGUGAUUGCGGUCACUACACUGGUGUCCAGUGCGUUCCUUAUUGUCAAGGUCAUCCUUUCUGAGCUGCUCAGCAAAGGGGCAUUUGGCUAUCUGCUCCCCAUUGUCUCCUUUGUCCUCGCCUGGUUGGAGACCUGGUUCCUUGACUUCAAAGUUCUACCCCAGGAGGCCGAGGAGGAGCGAUGGUAUCUUGCUGCCCAAGCUGCUGUUGCUCGUGGACCCCUACUGUUCCCUGGUACUCUGUCGGAGGGGCAGUUCUAUUCACCCCCAGAAUCCUUUGCAGGGUCUGACAAUGAAUCAGAUGAGGAAGUCACAGGAAAGAAAAGUUUCUCUGCCCAGGAGCGGGAGUACGUCCGCCAGGGAAGGGAGGCCACUGCAGUGGUGGACCAGAUCUUGGCCCAGGAGGAGAACUGGAAGUUCGAGAAGAAUAAUGAGUACGGGGACACUGUGUAUACCAUUGAGGUUCCCUUUCAUGGCAAGACCUUCAUCCUGAAGACUUUCCUGCCCUGCUGCGCUGAGCUGGUAUACCAAGAGGUCAUCCUGCAGCCCGAGAGGAUGGUGCUGUGGAACAAGACGGUGACUGCCUGCCAGAUACUGCAGCGGGUUGAAGACAACACCCUCAUCUCCUACGAUGUGUCUGCAGGGGCCGCGGGCGGUGUGGUCUCCCCCAGGGACUUUGUGAACGUCCGGCGCAUUGAGCGGCGCAGAGACCGAUACCUAUCAUCAGGCAUUGCCACCACGCACUGUGCCAAACCCCCAACCCAUAAAUAUGUCAGGGGGGAGAACGGACCUGGGGGCUUCAUCGUGCUCAAGUCAGCCAGCAAUCCCCGAGUCUGCACAUUCAUCUGGAUUCUUAACACAGAUCUCAAGGGCCGCCUGCCUCGGUACCUCAUCCACCAGAGCCUUGCAGCCACCAUGUUCGAAUUCGCCUUUCACCUGCGACAGCGCAUUGGAGAGCUGGGAGCCCGGGCAUGACCAGACCCCUCACCCACCCUGCAGGCCAGGGUCCUGACACCAUAGCCUCCGGAGCUGGAAAGGGGAACUAGUUGGGCUCUCUGCUGCAGCCCUCCACAGGGCAGGGAGCCUUGGCCUCAGCAGGUGUGGGCUUGAUCAUUUGCAUUGAGGACCACUGGCUGAAGGAGGAGUUCCGUUCUAAAGCUCUGUCCUGCUGCUGAUUGCAUGCAGGCCCUGCCUCAAGGAAGAAAAGAUCCAUGUCCUCUGCUUUGCGUUUGAGGAGCAGGGCUGGAAUGGAAACCUUAGACUUGGUUAUGGAGGGAGGCAGAGCGGGAGGGCUGAGUCCUGAGCAGGGCUGGGCAGCUGCCACUAGUGUAAAGGUGGCAGGCCCUUCUGCCUGCUCUCCCGUCACGUUUUCUUAAGGUUAUUUAAGGUCAGGGACCUUUUUCCAUACAUACUUAUGUACUUGUGUGGAGGUGGGGGCGAUGGGUGUUGGCAGCGCAUCUCUGUCUCUCCUAGGUCCCUCCCCUUCUCCCCAUGGCCUUCUUGGGGAUGUUUGUAAUUUGAGCCAAUUAAAAAAAUAUGAAAUCAAACUAA